AUGACGUUGAUGGUUCGGAAAUGGAGUGGUAAAGCUUUGAGAUUUGUUCAGCCUCGUUUCUCUGAGAAAGGUACUUUGAGAACUUGUUUAUUCUACAGCCCAUACGAAUUCUUGUCUUGCUGCGAAAGAGACUUCUCUUCUGGUCUCAGCGAUAAAAAUCUCUGUUACAGAGAGAGAUUGAGAGGUGGGCUUGUCGAUAUUAAGAAAGAUGAUGCUAUUGAACUGUUUCAGGAAAUGCUUCGUUCUCGUCCUCUUCCCACUGUCAUAGAUUUCAAUAGAUUGUUUAGUGGCAUCGCUAGGACAAGACAAUACGAUCUCGUGUUAGGUCUCUGCAAGAAGAUGGAAAUACAGGGGAUUGCGCAUGACCCCUACACUCUGAGUAUUAUGAUCAAUUGCUUCUGCCGGCGCCGGAGACUCGGUUUUGCUUUCUCUCUUGUGGGAAAGAUGACGAAACUUGGGUAUGAGCCUGACACAAUCACGUUUUCAACUUUGAUAAACGGAUUAUGUCUUGAGGGUAGAGUUUCUGAAGCUUUGGAAUUAUUUGAUCGAAUGGUAGAAUUGAGUCUCAAAUCCGAUCUCAUAAUGCUUAACACUCUAAUCAAUGGACUUUGUCUCAAAGGUAGAGUGUCUGAAGCGGUAGAUUUAAUCGAUCGAAUGGUGGAAWWRGGCUYUCAACCSGAUSSAWMUACCUAUGGUCCGAUUUUAAACAGAACAUGCAAGUCGGGGAACACUGCCUUGGCUUUGGAUUUGCUCAGAAAGAUGGAAAAAGGAAAGAUCAAGCUCGGAGUAGUCCAAUACAAUAUCAUCAUUGAUAGUCUUUGCAAAGACGGGAGAUUUGACGAUGCACUCAACCUUUUCAAUGAAAUGGAAAUGAAAGGGAUCAAAGCAGAUGUCUGUACCUACAACUCUCUCAUUGGAGGCUUUUGUAACGCCGGUAGAUGGAAUGAUGGUGCACAGUUGGUGUCGGAAAUGAUCACAAGGAAAAUCACCCCGAACGUCAUCACUUUUAAUUUAUUGAUUGAUAGUUUUGUGAAAGAAGGGAAGCUUCUAGAGGCCAAAGAAUUGUACAGUGAGAUGAUUACAAGAGGUAUAACUCCUGAUACCAUUACAUAUAAUUCUUUGAUAGAUGGGUUUUACAAGGAGAACCGCCUAGACGAGGCCAAUCAGAUGCUGGAUCUGAUGGUUAGCAAGGGUUGCGACCCUAGUAUCGUGACUUAUAAUAUCCUUAUAAACGGAUAUUUCAAGGCUAAGCGGGUUGACGAUGGUAUGAGACUUUUCCGAGAGAUUUCUUUGAGAGGGCUGGUUGCCAACAGAAUUACUUACAGCACUCUCAUCCGAGGGUUUUGUCAAUCAGGAAAACUUAAGGUUGCCCAAGAAUUUUUCCAGGAGAUGGUUUCUCGUGGUGUGCCGCCUGAUAUUGUAACUUAUGGUAUUUUGCUGGAUGGUUUGUGUGACAAUGGAGAGCUAGAGAAAGCGUUGGAAAUACUUGAAAAAAUGCAGAAGAGUAAGAUUGAUAUUGAUAUUGGUAUGUAUAAUAUCAUCAUUCAUGGGAUGUGCAAUGCUAAUAAGGUGGAAGAGGCGUGGGAUCUAUUUUGUAGCCUCCCUUUCAAAGGAGUGAAAGCCGACGUCAAAACAUACACCAUAAUGAUUUCAGGAUUGUGUAAGAAAGGCUCACUGUCUGAAGCGGACCUGUUGUUUAGAAAAAUGAAAGCAGAUGGGUAUGCGCCAAACGAUUGUACAUACAACACAAUAGUCCGAGCACAUCUCCGAAGUAGGGACGUAAUCAAGUCAGUCGAACUGAUCGAAGAAAUGAAGAGGUGUGGGUUCUGUGCAGAUGCUUCCACUAUGAAGAUGGUUAUGGAUAUGUUAUCGGAUGGUAGAUUGGAGAAAAGCUUCUUGGAUAUGCUUUCUUAG